AUGAAGAAAGCUUGUUUGAUCUCCUGCUGUGUGAUUAAAAUUUACCUGAUUCACCACAAGAUUUUAUAUUGGAAGUCAAACAAUUUGAGUCUGAUGGCGAUUCUGACUGAGAACAUGUUGACAGUCAACAUGUUACUGAGCGUCUUCUUUCUUCCAGGUGUCUUUGCUGAACGUUGUGGUGGUCAUACAGCUGGCUUUAUCAUUAAAACACCAAAUCCCAUUGUAGCACUGAGUGGAUCGUGCUUGCAAGUCCCAUGUAGCUUCACAAUUAAAGAUGGAGAAAACAAUUUUAACAGAGGAGGAGAACAAGCUUCUGCAGCAUGGAUUCCAAGUAAUAUGGAUAUUUUUGACAUCAGUCAGGGAGUUAAUAACCAUGACAUAAAUAUUACUGGAGACAUCAAACAGAAAAACUGCACCACUGUGUUUUCUGAUAUUAAGACAACACAAGAAACCAAAUACUUCCUCAGAAUAGAGAGAGGUAGAUACAGGGGAACAGCUUGUUCUAUUCCUCUUCAGAUUAAAGUUCAAGAUUCUCCUUGGAGUCCCAGCAUUAAUGUUCCCUCUGACCUGAAGGAGCAUCAGUCUGUCACUGUAACCUGCUCAGCUUUCACUCCCUGUCCAAACUCACCUCCUGAACUCACCUGGAAUCUCCAACAAGWCUCUSUYRKAMAAACAGARAAAAACACAGAUGGAWCCUUUACAACUAAAAUCCAGGAGAUCAUCACUCUGUCAGACACACAUGAUGGAUACAACAUCACAUGUUCUGCCAGAUAUCCUGUGAUUGGAGGAAACAAGACAGCAGAGACAGAAGUGACGCUCAGUGUUUCAUAUGCUCCUAGAAACACCUCAGCAUCCAUCAGUCCAUCAGGUUUGGUGUCAGCAGGUAGCUGGGUGGAGCUGAGCUGCUCCAGCAGAGCCAAACCUCCACCCAGAUUCACCUGGUUCARGAACAGCAAAGAUGGAGCCAGUAAUGUGUCUGUGGGGCAGGUUUACAGCUUCAAUGCCUCUGAGGGAGGAGAAUAUUACUGUGUGGCUACAAAUCAUCUGGGUCAUCAGCAAUCAUCAGUGGUCCAAAUUAGCAUUGAAGGGAGUUUUCCGUUUUUGAUCGUAUUUCUCACAGUGAUUGUUGCCAUUGUGCUCAUCUGGCUGCUGAUCUUGGUCUGGUGGUUCAAAUUCAAACACUCAUCUUCACAGCACACUCAGAGUGAAAACGAUGAGAACAUUUACGUUGAAAUGUUAGGCAAUAAACAAGAUCAGGAGCUCUUUUAUGAAGAAGUCCACUUCCAAAGGGGAAGAGCUGAAGCUGCUGCUGUCUCACUGCAGGACGGCGGACAGCAGGACGUAGUUUACGCUCAGGUCAAAGUGUCCGACCCGGCAAACGGCUCGGCACGAACCGUUAACAGUCCGGAGUCUCUCUACGCAGAAGUGAAGACAAAAUAACCUUAUAUACAUACAGAUUAUGUGAUAUUACCUCAUGUUCAAGUAUUAGA